AUGGCGGCGCACGGGUCGUGGGCGACGGGUCCCGACCCAACGCGCGCGUGGCGACACGUGGGUCUGCCCAUCGCCGUGAGCGGCGCGUCCGUCGCGUGCGCCACGGCGUGCACCAACCCGCUCGACGUCCUCAAGGUCCGGCUGCAGGUGAUGGACGGAGCGACGACGCCCGGGAUCGGGGGGUUGGGGAACGGCGCUCAGCCGCGAGCUCGACCGACGGGGAUGGCGGACGCGUUCGCGUCGCUGGUGCGACACGAGGGUCCGCUCGCGCUGUGGAAGGGCCUCACCCCGUCGUUGAUCCGCGCGGUGUGCUACGGCGGCCUCAGGCUCGGGCUCUACCGCCCCAUCACCGUCCUCCGCGAGCGUGGCGGCGGGGGCUCGAUGUCCACCAAGGUCGUCGCGGGAUGCGCGUCCGGCGCCUUCGCCGCCGCGCUCCUCAACCCGACCGAGCUCGUCAAGACCAGGCUCAUGGCCGACGAGCGAGCGAGGGGACGCGGCGAGGGGCCGCCGGGUGGGGGGGCGCGAGUCGGUCCGUAUCAGGUCAUGCGCGCCGUCAUCAACGAGAAGGGCGUCGCCGGACUGUGGCGGGGCAGCGCCAUGAGCAUGACGCGCUCCGCGGUGCUCACCGCGUCGCAGUGCGCCACGUACGACGAGGUCAAGCGCGUCGUGACGCGAUGGACCGGGCUGAGCGACGGCGUCACUGUCCACUUCGUCGCGUCGAUGCUCGCGGGUGCGGUCACCACCACGGCGACGAACCCGGUGGACAUGAUCAAGACGCAGCUGUACAUGGACGCGUUUCGGCCGGGGCUGGCGGGGGCGGCGGAUGCGUUCGUCGCGGUUUGGCGGAGGGACGGACCGCGCGGGCUGAUGCGGGGUUGGGGUGCCAACUACCUGCGCCUGGGGCCCCAGACGGUGAUCACGUUCGUGGCGCUCGAGAAGUUUCGGUCGAUGGCCGGCCUCGACACGCUGUGAGAAGAGACGGGCGGGGGAACUGAAGGUUUUUAAACGCCAACGCUAAUUAGCAAUAAUGCGUAUGUGUUUACGGUUAGGUCACACGCA